AUGAAACUUUCUGUUUUUAUCAUUUUUUUUUCUCUAUAUUCUUUUUAUCGUCACUUUUAUUCUUUUCUUUUUCCGCUUUUUCUUCUUCCUCUUUUUCUUUUCUUUUUAUUCUCUCUUCUUUCUUGUCUCUUUUUCAACUCGUCUUUUGUUUCCAUGCGUCGCUUUCUUUCUUCCUACUUUUUUCUUUUCUUCUUCAUCCGCUUAUCUCUUAGUUCAUUUCAUUCACUCUUUUCGUUCUUUAACUUGUUUCCUCCGCCUUUCCCUCGUCUUCUCUUUUCAUUUGGCUUUGUUCGCCUCGUCUUCUUUUUCAUUCAAUCGUAUCCUUCUCCCGCUUGUCUUUUUUCUUUCACUUUUAUCCGUCUUUCGUUUUUUUUCUCUGCACUCUUAUCCUUCAUACGUUCAUCGUCGUCUUUGGCAUGUGCUCUUUUUUUCUGCAUGUGCUCUUUUUUCCGUUUGUCACCUUUUAACUCGUCUCCUUUUUUUUAUCGUUAUAUUUUUCCACUUUCUCUUUUUCCACUUUCUCUUCUCCUUUUCCUCUUUCGCUUUUUCCUCUUUCUCUUUUCUCUCUUCUCUUUCUAUCUUUUUCUUUUCCUUUUCAUUUUUCUUUUUCUUCUUUCUCUUCUUACUCCUCAUCCUUUUUAUUCAUCUUUCAUUUUUCCGCUUACAGUCUUCUUUGGUUUGUGUCUCUUUUUUAGAUCGUUUCUUUCUUUCUCUCUUUCUUUUUUCACUCGUUUUAUGCUUCUUUUUUGUCUUCUUUCAUUUAUAUUCUUCUUAUUCGUCAUCUUCAUCCUUUUCUUUUUUUCUUCUUCCUUUAUUUUUAUCCUUCUUCCUCGCGUCUCUUUUUUUGUCUUUCGUCCUUUUUAUCCUCCAUUUUAUGUUCAUCUUCUUCUUUCCAAUGUUUCUUCCUUCUUUCGUUUAUCUUUUUCUUCUUCGUCUUUUAUUUUCUUUUUUUCACAUGUUCCUAACUCCCCCACCCCCUUGUUUUCUUCUUCCACUUGUCUUUUUCUUUUACUUCUUUCCUUCUUCUUCCUUCGCUUAGUCUUCUUCUGUCUCUCUUUCAAUAUCAUCCUAUCCAUCAAUAUCACAUACCACUACGACUACUGCUAUACUCAAUUCUUCUUUACCCAAUUGCAUAAAAAUCAUUCCUCGUCUUUCUCCUUCAAUUUGACACGCUCCUUUUCACUUUCUCUAUCCGCCAUUUUUAUCCCAUAUCACCUUGAAUAA